UAUUGCAGUGCGACAUCUGAAAUCUACGCGCAUUUAGCCAUUAAAAAAUAAUACAAAUCAUCAAAUGUACAAAAAAUGCCAUGGAGCUUUCGAAAAUUCAACAAAGCAUUACAAAGAGAAUUAAUCGAGAAGAAAAAAUCCGAUCUUGAAUGCAAGAAACUAGAAGGAAGCGCAAGAUCCAGAUUAACACUUAAAAGUAAAUGUUGCCAUUGUGAAAGUAUAAAGGGAAAUCGAAAAUUGAAUAUUAGCAGUAGGGAAUUUUUUGGAGGCAGCAAAUGUAACUACUUCGGUGGAAGCAACCGGAAUUUAGAGUAGCAACGCAGUCAGGUGAAAAUUUGUGUGGCAAAGAAAAAAGUUGCACAACUAUAGAUUGUUGCUUUUGUAUAAAAUAAAAUCGAGUGGCUUCGAAAAAGUACUGCACUGAAAAGAUUGAAAUGUGAAAGAGUAGGCGCACCGAUAGGCGGCAGCAAGUGCAAGGACAGCAAAUGGAGCGAACUGGCAAAGUAGCAACGUAGCGACGGCGAAACCUUAGCCGCAAAACGAAUUCUAAAAGAAACUGCGACAGCACGUCACAAUUCCGCUGUAAUAGAAAAAGUUUCACAGCAUUUUUCCACACUUUUUUAAUUUUUGUGCAUGUUUUUGUAUUUUAAAGUGGAGAACAUACUCCUCACACACACCUACAUAUGUAUAUACAUACAUACAUACAUACAUAUGUAUGCAUGUACGAGCAAAGAAAGGCGCAUAGAAUUGACAGCUAAAAAGCUUUAGACGUGAACUAUGCAUUAUUUUCCUGUGGUCGGUCAACGCUAAGCUCGUGCCAUGUUCCGAACCAAGUGCAUAAAAUCGUAUUUUUUUUUUUGUAUAAAUUCCUAAGUGUGUUGUGAAAGAUAUAAAAACUUCUAAAAAUGAAAACACAUAAAUUAUGGAUACCAUGCUCCAUGGGAGUUCAGUUGGCGAGAAGAUGUACAACAACUCAAUCAACUUGGCGUAAAUAUUUGCUGAUUGCCGCCAUAUUUUUCUUUAUACCAGACACCAGCACAGCGUUGAGCAACGUGAGCGUCUCUAUACCGUCAGCCGUUAAACGUGGCGAUAAUGCUAUCUUAAUCUGCAAUUACAACCUGGAAUAUGACAAUCUAUACACUGUUAAAUGGUAUCGCGGACGACGCGAAUUUUAUCGCUACACGCCGAAAGAGAAUCCGGCAUUGAAGAUUUUCCCUGCUAGCGGCGGAUAUACAGUGGAUCGGAAAAUCUUUUAUUCUCUCUUUUUCCAUGUUGCAGACUACCCAUCGGCCGCAACAGCAAAAACGAAGCUAGUGCGUGAAUCGCAACUACUUUCCACUGCCGCUUUUUUACUCAUCACCGCAAUCAACAGCCUUUUGGCGCCCACAAUAGAAGCAAUUAUGCAAGUAGGCGAUGGAAGUCAUCCAGAGACUGCAACCGAACGAGGAAAAAAUGCCACCGAAAAUCAAAUUAUUUGUCAGCACUGCCCAGAAAACGCAGAUGGAGAGCGAGAGCGAAUCACAAAUAGUUCUAGCGAAGAGAGUGCAAUAGUAAUGGAUGGGUUGAUGCACAGAACGCGGUGAUAAGCUGCAAUUGAGUGAAUUAAAAUUAUUAAUUAUAUUAUAUACAACAAAAAAAGUAUGAAUAAAGCGAAUUCAAAAAUUAA